UUCAAUAAGCCGGGCUGCGUGAAUUUAUCCACAGGCUUAGCGGUCUCUUUAUCAUCUUUUGUCGGUGCGAAGACCGAUUUUGCGACCACCGGAGAUCGGUUACGUUUGUAAUUUUGAUGACUGAAAGAUGCCGCCUUGGUUGUCGGGAGCGCUGCUGGUCGUGGGCCCCGGAAAUGGUGAGCGGAUAGCAGCGGCGGAUAACUGGCUGGCGCCGCAGGGAGGGUUUCACGUCAAGGUGGGUCGGUCACCUGGAGAUAACUGUAAAAUGUCAUCGGCAAAUGUGUGUCAGACAUGAACUUGACGCCGCGCGUUCGCUACGACGAUGACACCGCUGGCUGACUGGUUUACGAUCGUUUUGUCAAUUAUGCCGGCGCGAUUCUAAGAGAAAGGAAGGAAGGAAAGGAGCGAUCGCGCGUCCGCACACAUCUUGAGCUCAAGUUCGUCCGAAGCGCACGAGGAAGAAGAAAUCACAAAGCGUCAUGGAAGGAACAGAAGUUACAUUUUUAUUCCAAUUCGGUCUGACACGUGAUACGGUCACGGUGGACAGUAGCACCCUAACACUUAAGGCCCUGAAAGAUCUUGCCUGUGAUUUUAUAAAUACCAAGUGUCCGGAGCAUGGCUUAAAUCAUCUGUUUGAGAGAUUGAUUUUAUUUAAGCAUGACUACAAUUCUACGAAUGUUUUGCAACUUAUUACGAACACCACAGAAGUAGUUGAUGAAACAUUAGUGGAAAUAGUACUGAGUGCACAAGUGCCAAGUGAAUAUGUUCCCAUUCGCCCUCAUGCUUUAGCAGUACAUUCCUACAAAGUUCCAACAUUUUGCGAUUUUUGUGGUGAGAUGUUGUUUGGACUUGUUCGACAAGGUCUCAAAUGUGAAGGUUGUGGCAUGAAUUAUCACAAAAGAUGCGUCAUUAAAGUACCAAAUAACUGCACGCAAGAUGUAAGUCAAAGACGGCGUAGUUCAGCCAUGCUGAAUGUUCCGAGAUCACCCAGUCAGGGUUCCACCAGCAGCCUAACCAGCAUCACUGACGAUAAUCACAGUUCAAAUAGCACAUCUAACACAAGCCAAAAUAAUAGUACAUUGGCAAUACCGAGUAUAAUGGCGCCAAAACAAUCCCAUUCACCGUCACCGGGAGGACGGCCUGUUUGGGUUGAGCGAGAGCUAGCGACACGCAUAAAAAUCCCGCACACAUUUGUAGUACACACAUACACACGUCCGACUGUAUGCGGACAUUGUAAAAAGUUGCUAAAGGGUAUAUUUAAGCAAGGCCUACAGUGUAAAGAUUGUCAAUACAAUACGCACAAAAAAUGUAUGGAUAAGAUACCAAAAGACUGUACCGGCGAAAAUCUAAAAGACAACUUAGGCGAGUACACAGACAGCGGCGUUGGCAGCGAACUAGAAACCAAAUGUGAUAUUAGGAACGAGGAAGCUGACGCCGACAGCGAUACAGAAUCAUCACCUCCGCCACAAGACGUAUUCACAAAUGACGAGAAUAAGAUGCCCGAAGAUUAUACAGAUCAUGCACAAAAUAACGAUGAUGAGAAUCAAAAGUCGCGGCCGUCAAGCUGUAGUUCAACACCAAGUAACAACAUUCCAUUGAUGCGGAUAGUACAAAGUGUAAAGCAUACCAAAAGACGCGGAUCUAAAGUAUUGAAAGAAGGCUGGAUGGUACAUUUCACUAAUCGUGAUCCAGUUAGAAAGAAACAUUAUUGGCGGCUCGAUACAAAAUCUAUAACGCUGUUUCAAAAUGAAAACAGUUCCAAAUAUUACAAGGAAAUACCACUGGCUGAAAUCACAGCGAUCGAAACUGCUAAAACGCCUCGCUCAUAUAUAAUGCAUUGCUUUGAGCUAAAAACUGCCAAUGUUGAUUACUAUGUCGGUGAAGACCCAUCAUACGGACAGAAUUGCGGCCAAGUCUCUCCUCCUGAAAGUGGUAUUGGAGCUCACAUAGCUAGAUCUUGGGAAACUACUAUUAGACAAGCACUUAUGCCUGUAACUGUAUCGACUAAUCAAGAAGAAUCCACCGAACCCGAGGAAAACAUUACCGACAUGUCACAGUUAUACCAGAUCUUUCCAGACGAGGUUUUAGGAUCCGGACAAUUCGGCAUAGUUUACGGAGGCGUUCACCGCAAGAGCAGCCGUCCGGUCGCCAUAAAAGUUAUCGAUAAAUUGCGUUUUCCUACCAAACAAGAGGCUCAAUUGAAAAACGAAGUAGCUAUUCUGCAAAAUCUGUCGCACAGCGGUGUAGUGAAUCUGGAGCGAAUGUUCGAGACGCCGGAGAGAAUAUUCGUAGUGAUGGAGAAGCUGAAAGGCGACAUGCUCGAAAUGAUUCUGAGCUCCGAGAAGGGACGACUCAGCGAACGAAUAACCAAGUUCCUUAUCACGCAAAUUCUCGUCGCGUUGAAGCAUCUUCACAGCAAGAAUAUCGUUCAUUGCGAUCUGAAGCCGGAAAACGUGUUGCUUAGCAGCGACGCGGAUUUCACUCAGGUGAAACUGUGCGACUUCGGCUUCGCGCGAAUAAUUGGCGAGAAGAGCUUUCGUAGAAGCGUCGUCGGCACACCGGCAUACUUGGCGCCGGAAGUUUUACGAAACAAAGGCUAUAAUCGUUCUUUAGACAUGUGGAGCGUCGGUGUUAUUAUUUACGUAUCAUUAAGCGGCACGUUCCCGUUCAACGAAGAAGAGGAUAUCAAUGAACAGAUUCAAAAUGCUGCCUUUAUGUAUCCACCGACUCCGUGGAAGGAAAUUUCCAACGAAGCUAUUGAUUUAAUUAACAACCUUCUGCAAGUUAAGCAGAGAAAAAGAUAUACCGUGGACAAAAGUUUGCAACACGUGUGGUUACAAGAUUAUCAAACAUGGUGCGACUUGAGAAAAUUGGAGGAGAAAGUUGGCUAUCGAUAUUUGACUCACGAGAGCGACGAUGCACGUUGGUUGGCGUACAGUAAUCAAGAGGCAUGACAGAACUGUUCGUCUGUGCUGAACAUUGAAACAUUACCAACUACCUUGUCGAUCCACAAAGGCUGGGCUCGAUGUGCUCGAGCUACUUUACGGCGAUUCAUUCGUGCCUGACUCCCCGUAAAAGUACGUGAAAAUUAGUACAAGCUUGUCUUUCGGCCAAUAUAUCCCGAAUAUGUCGUUCUUUGUACUUAACAAAUCACUAAUGAUACUCCAAGUUUGCAUUUCGGGAUACUGUUGUUUCCUUUGGCAUUACUACUUAAACGUAAUAUUCAAAAGAAACUUCCAUAAUUUUAAUAUAUUCCCACAAAACUAUAACAAAGAGAUUUCAAUUUACAAAUAUAUAUUACAUGUAGGAUAUGUAUUAUAUACAUAUAUAUACAUAUAAGAGGAAUAAGUACCUAAAAAAGUACCUACAAACACAUAUUAUAAAUGAUUUUAUUCGGGAACAUUUUGUUUUUGUUUUUUUUAUAUAAAUAUUUGUUAUCUUUUUUUGAUAGAUAUUGUUAUCUCCAAGAUAUUUAUUCUUCCAAAUUUUGUUGAUAAAAAUAUUUAUAUAAUUACGGUUUUCACAUGUGAAUUAUUGAGCAAUAAGUUCCAUUACGAUGUAGACAUUUUGUUAUUUGAAGUGAGUAAUGUUGUAUCUGAUAGAGAAGUGAUAUUUUUUCUAAAUUUAUUGAGUUUUUAUGUCCAUUUUUGACAAAAUCUUGUUUUUGUUGAUAUAAAUAUUUAUUGGCUUAGAAAUAUGUAAACAAAAUUUUUAUCGAUAAAAUUAAUUUAUGCACCAAUUAUAUACUCAUUAUCAUUCCAAGUUUGUUCCAAAACAAAUAAUAUGAAAAAAUUAUUGAGAUAUUGUAUAUUUAGAUCUGCUAAUUUAUAAUGUUUGAAUUAAGAGAUUCUUAUAAAUUCUUUUACAUUAAUGUAUAAUUAUAUAUUCGUAAUUUAAGAUAUGCAGUUACAUACAGCUAAAAACAAUUUACUUUUAUACAAUAAAAGUCGUAUGAAAAAUAUAACCGUGCAUAGA